ACUAGCAUCUACUGCACUGACUCUGCUGAUGGUGACAACAAAGCUGAUUUAACAUGAUGCUCACUGUACCUGGCGCCGGAAUUAUCAUAUUAUUUGCUUGGCUCUCUCCAAGUUACUCUCUCUAUUUUCACAUUGGGGAGACAGAGAAAAAAUGCUUUAUAGAGGAAAUUCCAGAUGAGACUAUGGUUAUUGGGAAAUACAGGACCCAGCUGUGGGACAAGCAGACCGGAUCCUUCCUCCCAGCCACCCCUGGCCUUGGAAUGCAUGUGGAGAUCAAGGAUCCGGAUACUAAGAUAAUCCUGUCUCGUCAGUAUGGGUCUGAUGGACGGUUCACCUUUACGUCCCAUACACCAGGCGAGCAUCAGAUCUGCCUGCACUCCAACUCCACCAAGAUGGCCCUCUUUGCUGGUGGCAAACUGAGAGUGCACCUAGAUAUUCAGGUCGGUGAGCAUACCAACAACUACCCCGAAAUCGCAGCAAAAGACAAGCUCACAGAGCUGCAAUUAAGAGCUCGACAAUUACUGGACCAAGUAGAACAAAUCCAGAAAGAGCAAAACUAUCAGCGGUAUCGUGAGGAGCGGUUCCGCAUGACGAGUGAGAGCACUAACCAGCGUGUGCUUUGGUGGUCUAUAGCUCAGACACUUAUUCUCCUCACCACUGGCAUAUGGCAGAUGAAGCACCUCAAGAGCUUCUUUGAGGCCAAGAAGUUGGUGUAGUGCCCACAGGACAUCACUGAUUGAGUU